AUGAAAGUCCUGCUGUUCCUCAUGCUCUGCGUAGCGCUAGUCUUCGCAAAUUCUGCUUCACUUUGUCCAGAUGAAGGCUUUGCUUUAAUACCCCAUGAAAUCUGCAACCGGUUCUACACGUGCCAAGAUGGUAAAAUCAUAUUUGAACUCACCUGCGCCAAUGAUCUUAUGUAUGACCCUGAGCUUCAAGUAUGCGUCAAGCCCCAUAUGACCGACUGUGAGGGCAGAAUCGUACUAUAG